AUGCCAAAUGUAUGGAAGAUCGGGUGCAGUGAUGACUAACACUGUUGGGGACCAUCAUGCGGUUGUGUUUCUUUUGUUGGAUUGCUCUGUUCCUGGGCCUACAGACGGCCCUGGCAAAGGUGCGCCACGUACGCGCCCACGAUGGCUUCCACAAUAUCAAAAGAGAGGCGGCCUGGAGUCAUUUGAAGCCACGUAUGAGGGCUCAUCAAGAAAAUAAUCGCCCCAAUAGUCAAGGAUAGUUAGAGAAGGUUGGAUCUAGAAGCGAUCUAUAGAAUAAGAUCAUUUGCUAUCUAUCCAAUAAAUAAAUGUUUGCGACCCUUGAAAAUAAUGGUCACUUGGA